AUGCGUGUUACCACUUUUAACACAUUCCUUCUCACUUUGGGAACUGUCGCUGUCGUCAAUGCCGAAACGGGCAACAAAUAUAUAGAAAAACGCGCUAUCGACCUAAGUCGAGAGCGAGACCCUAACUUUUUCGACCACCCUGGUAUUCCUGUACCCGAAUCUCUUGGAAAAUGGACAUGA